UGCCUCGGCCUCUCAAAGUGCUGGGAUUACAGGGGUGAGCCACCACGCCCAGCCCAAAGCAGGGUACUUCUGAGAAAUGAGGCAAUAUUAGUAAUUAUGCCAGCGCAGCAGGCAUAAAUCAAAACUGCCACCCCACCCUUCCAGAACUUAGACAGGGCCCAGGAGUCUGGUUUCCCAUCAGGCCUCUUAUCUGAACGGGAAGCCCUGCGAGGGCAGGAACUGCCUUUCCUAUAUAGAGCUUGCUUAUUUCUGGAGGGCUCAAAUCUACUUAAAGCAAUGCUCACACCACUGAGAGACGAUCACGUCUAACACUGAUUCAUCACUUAGGAAGAGCCAGGUAUUGUGCUGAGGACUUCACAUGCAUCACCUGAGUUAAUUCUCACCAAAUCCUUACGAGUCCACCCGCAGGCCUACAAAGCUCUCUCCCCCUCCUCAGCGCCACAAGGCACAGCAGGGACGGAUGGGAAGAAGGGGAGGGGGCCGAAAGCAAGCCGGGUGCGAGGAGCCAGCCGAUUCUGCCACACUCAAGAUGGCGGCACGGCCGUGGCGAGGUCCCUCAGAGGCGGUACCAGCGCAUGCGCAGCGCGGAGUCCCGGCCCGGGACACAAGAUGGCGGCAGCGGCGCUGGGGAGGGCGAGGCGGAGGCGGCAAAACGGGCGGUCGAGCAGAACGUGUAGCCGCGUCCCCUCGAGUCCGCUCCGGGCAGCUGCUGAUGCAAGGAAUCCCCUGGGGCCCCGUGCACUUCACUGCUGACCAGCCCAUCCGUCUGUGCUGAGUCUUCCUGCAGGCCUUUUCUCGCCUCUGUGGGACCUUGUGGGGGUCCAUCCGGCUGGAGAAGAAAAGCCUCUCAUGCUAGCAUUGCAGACCCCAGAGGGUGAGAGAAAGGGGGACUUCAUUCAGUCUUGAAACCUGUGGGCUCAGCCCCUAAGGCACCAGGAAUUCUUCCUGCCCAGAGAAUCCAGGCAGUUUCGUUUUUUUCAUACCUUGGUCAGUGGUUCUCAACCUUUUUGUUAUCAAGGCCCUGUUUGUUGUACAUUAAUGUCCUGUUGCUCCCUGCAUUUUUAUCUGCCAAACUGUACCAAUGGAGUAACCAUUCACUUUUCCCUUUCUAAAUUAAUGAAGAAGUCUGUGACGGAGUGUACAAUAAAAUCAGUGUCCCAAUGAUUCCUCUGAUGUCGUCAACAACCAAUCAGAGCUUCUGAUCAGCAUGAGAAAAUCAGUGUGACCACAAUGAGUUGAUAAAAUUUCAGCAUGAAAAGAUAACUGAUGUUUAAGCCUGCCUUUGUGGUCUUGUUGUCCUUUGUGGGUGCGGAGAUGGCCAAUGAGAAUCACGGCAGCCCCCGGGAGGAAGCGUCCCUGCUGAGUCACUCCCCAGGUACCUCCAAUCAGAGCCAGCCCUGUUCUCCAAAGCCAAUCCGCCUGGUGCAGGACCUCCCAGAGGAGCUGGUCCAUGCAGGCUGGGAGAAGUGCUGGAGCCGGAGGGAGAAUCGUCCCUACUACUUCAACCGAUUCACCAACCAGUCCCUGUGGGAGAUGCCCGUGCUGGGGCAGCACGAUGUGAUUUCGGACCCUUUGGGGCUGAAUGCGACCCCACUGCCCCAAGACUCAAGCUUGGUGGAAACCCCCCCGGCUGAGAACAAGCCCAGAAAGCGGCAGCUCUCGGAAGAGCAGCCAAGCGGCAAUGGUGUGAAGAAGCCCAAGAUUGAAAUCCCAGUGACACCCACAGGCCAGUCGGUGCCCAGCUCCCCCAGUGUCCCAGGAACCCCAACGCUGAAGAUGUGGGGUACGUCCCCUGAAGAUAAACAGCAGGCAGCUCUCCUGCGACCCACUGAGGUCUACUGGGACCUGGACAUCCAGACCAAUGCUGUCAUCAAGCACCGGGGGCCUUCAGAGGUGCUGCCCCCGCACCCUGAAGUGGAGCUGCUCCGCUCUCAGCUCAUCUUGAAGCUUCGGCAGCACUACCGGGAGCUGUGCCAGCAGCGAGAGGGCAUUGAGCCUCCACGGGAGUCUUUCAACCGCUGGAUGCUGGAGCGCAAGGUGGUAGACAAAGGAUCUGACCCCCUGUUGCCCAGCAACUGUGAACCAGUCGUGUCACCUUCCAUGUUUCGUGAAAUCAUGAAUGACAUUCCCAUCAGGUUAUCCCGAAUCAAGUUCCGGGAGGAAGCCAAGCGCCUGCUCUUUAAAUAUGCGGAGGCCGCCAGGCGGCUCAUCGAGUCCAGGAGUGCAUCCCCCGACAGUAGGAAGGUGGUCAAAUGGAAUGUGGAAGACACCUUUAGCUGGCUUCGGAAGGACCACUCAGCCUCCAAGGAGGACUACAUGGAUCGCCUGGAGCACCUGCGGAGGCAGUGUGGCCCCCACGUCUCGGCUGCAGCCAAGGACUCCGUGGAAGGCAUCUGCAGUAAGAUCUACCACAUCUCCCUGGAGUACGUCAAACGGAUCCGAGAGAAGCACCUUGCCAUCCUUAAGGAAAACAACAUCUCAGAGGAGGUGGACGCCCCUGAGGUGGAGCCCCGCCUCGUGUACUGCUAUCCAGUCCGGCUGGCUGUGUCUGCACCCCCCAUGCCCAGUGUGGAGAUGCACAUGGAGAACAACGUGGUCUGCAUCCGGUAUAAGGGAGAGAUGGUCAAGGUCAGCCGCAACUACUUCAGCAAGCUGUGGCUCCUUUACCGCUACAGUUGCAUUGAUGACUCUGCCUUUGAGAGGUUCCUGCCCCGGGUCUGGUGUCUUCUCCGACGGUACCAGAUGAUGUUCGGCGUGGGCCUCUAUGAGGGGACUGGCCUGCAGGGGUCGCUGCCUGUGCACGUCUUUGAGGCCCUCCACCGACUCUUCGGCGUCAGCUUCGAGUGCUUCGCCUCACCCCUCAACUGUUACUUCCGCCAGUACUGUUCUGCCUUCCCCGACACAGACGGCUACUUUGGCUCCCGCGGGCCCUGCCUAGACUUUGCUCCACUGAGUGGUUCAUUUGAGGCCAACCCUCCCUUCUGCGAGGAGCUCAUGGAUGCUAUGGUCUCUCACUUUGAGAAACUGCUUGAGAGCUCACCGGAGCCCCUGUCCUUCAUCGUGUUCAUCCCAGAGUGGCGGGAACCCCCCACACCAGCGCUCACCCGCAUGGAGCAGAGCCGCUUCAAACGCCACCAGUUGAUCCUGCCUGCCUUUGAGCACGAGUACCGCAGUGGCUCCCAGCACAUCUGCAAGAAGGAGGAAAUGCACUACAAGGCCGUCCACAACACGGCCGUGCUCUUCCUACAGAACGACCCUGGCUUUGCCAAGUGGGUGCCAACGCCUGAACGGCUGCAGGAGCUGAGCGCUGCCUACCGGCAGUCAGGCCGCAGCCACAGCUCUGGUUCUUCCUCAUCGUCCUCCUCGGAUGCCAAGGACCGGGACUCGGGCCGUGAGCAGGGCCCUAGCCGCGAACCUCACCCCACUUAACAUACCCUGCGGGGAGGAGGAGCCCCAGGGGUGCUGGUCUGGACUGCUGGGACUCAGUCCCCUGGGGCCUGACAGGGACCCCGCUGCCACUGACAUAGGAAGAUUAUGGUUCUGCCAGGGCUCCCCUCCCUGCCUGUCCCCAACUCCUCACCUCAAACUCCCUCCAAGUCCCAUGUAUAUAGGUCCUGAUGCCUUCCCAACCCCACCCCUCAUCCUGUUGCCACCUUGUUUCAUUUGUAAAAGGAAAUACAGAAACCCCCCCAAGAA